AUGAGCAUCACUUCAAACACCCAUCUGGAUGGUCAGCUAAUCACUAGCCACUGGGCUUCUUCCAACUGCUGUCAUUCUGAUGUUCCAAGAGUGAUGACUGAGUACACCAGCGGUCACUUAUGGUCUCAGGAUUCCCAGCCACAGUUCUGGAGUAAAUAUCAAGUGUGGGAGUGGCUGCAACAGGUCAUGGAUAUAAACCAGAUUGAUGCCUCUCACAUCCCCUUUCAAAACUUUGAUAUGGAUGGUAACCAGCUCUGCAACCUGACCUACCAGGACUUUGUCCUUGCUGCAGGAAAUUUAGGGCCUAUUCUCUUCCAAAGCAUAACACAACUCAAGUUAGCUGAAUACCAUGUGGAAAUUGGUCAUCUGGAAAUAAAACCGGAACAAUACAUUGCUUGUUCUUUUUCAGAAGACGGCUAUCCACAAACAGAAAUCUGUGACUCAUCAAAUCACUCCCAAGUCUCACCCACUCCUUCCAGUGCUGAAAUCAAAAUCUCCAACAGUCGUCAUCAUCAAGUCAAAAAACACAACCCAAGGGGGACACAUUUGUGGGAAUUUGUCAGAGACAUUCUCCUGCAUCCUGAACGCAAUCCAGGCCUGAUCAAGUGGGAGGAUCGGACAGAAGGGGUAUUUCGCUUCCUUAAAUCAGAAGAAGUGGCACAGUUAUGGGGCAAGAAAAAAAACAACAGCAGCAUGACCUAUGAGAAGCUGAGUCGAGCAAUGAGAUACUACUACAAAAGGGAAAUCCUUGAACGAGUAGACGGACGCAGACUGGUAUACAAAUUUGGUCGCAACGCGAGAGGAUGGAAGGAGUGUGAAAAAUAA